CUCUUAUUCAAGGUUGCUGCACACUUGCAUUACUACCUUUUUCCUUUAAGUAGUUGUCUCCUUAACUUUAACAAAAGGAUAUUUUUUUUUUAAUUUUCUUCCUUAUAGAGGCCCUCUUCAGGUUGAAUGUUGUUUUUAGACAUCCUAAUGCUUUGCAUUCAGACAACAUGAUGGCUUAUGACAAUGCUGUUUCAGCUCUUGGGAAAAUAUGCCAAUUUCAUCAGGAUAGUAUAGAUGUUGCUCAGAUUGUCCCAGCUUGGUUAAGUUGCUUACCAAUUAAAGGUGAUCUGAUCGAGGCCAAGCUUGUUCAUGACCAGCUAUGUUCCAUGGUUGAAAGGUCUGAUCAGGAACUUUUAGGGCCCAACAAUCAAUAUCUUCCCAAGAUUGUUUCUGUUUUCGCAGAGGUUCUAUGUGCUGGUAAAGAUCUGGCAACUGAGCAAACUGCUAGUAGAAUGAUUAAUCUGAUACGACACUUCCAGCAAUCAUUACCCGCAUCGACACUGGCAUCAACCCGGUCAUCGUUGCAGCCACAGCAGCAGCUUGCGUUGCAAUCAAUACUGUCAUCUUAGUUAUGGUGUCCUUGAGGAAAGCUUCUGCC